AUGUGGCCAGCACACCGAAGCACCGUGCUCGCGGCGUUGGCCGCCCAAGCCCUAGCCGUCACGCAAAUCACGGACGAGGAGAUGCGAACCCUACUGAACCAAGACGACGGCGUCGAGCUUGCGAACCGCUACGCGCCGCUCUGGUUCUUCGGCCAAGCCCUGAACGAGGAGCCCUGCUACCCGACCUGGGCCUUCGGGGGCUCGCCCGACUCGCCCGACGUCUACGAUGCGGCGCACCAGACCGCACCGGCGCCGCAAUGCGAAUACCCCGACGUGGGCUGCGAAUGCCGCAACCCGGGCGUUGACGCCGGGAAUCCCGGCCCCGCGUCCGCGUUCCCGAUCUACUACACCGUGCAGCGGUGCAAUGAGACCAAUGUGCGUGUGGUCUAUAAUCUCUUCUAUGAGAAGGACGGGGCCAAGGUGCUCGACCUGAUUGACACCGGGCAUGACUAUGACUGGGAAAGAGUCAUCAUUGUGCACUCGCGCGACGCUAACGAGCUGUGGGCGCCUUCGCGCGCCCUGCUGUCGGCUCACAGUGGCUACCAUAAUCUGGCCUGGAGCCAGAUCCAUAGCACGCUGACGAGUGAGGAGAUCGCGGCUGGCGACGCGCGCGCGCCGGACGGGGUGCGUGGGAAUGACCAUCCGAAGGUGUAUGUCUCGUGGUCGAAGCACGCGCAUUUCGAUACCAGGGACACGAUCUGGGUCGACCCGAUCAGCCAGUCCACGGACAAUGCAUUUCGCAGUGACGAUUGGUGGUACUACGUCGAGCAGCAGUACUAUCUUCACUUCAGCUCAAACAAAGUCAACACCGCCAACCUCACCUCCUUCCCUACACCUCCAUCAAUCGCAUCUACAAUGUCCUGGUUCCAGAAAUCCUUCACCCUCCCCUCCUGCUCGCGGGGCAGCUACCUCAUCACGGACCAGGUGCUGUCCGAGCUGCCGGAGAUCCGGGAGUACAAGGUCGGCCUGCUGAACCUGUUCGUGCAGCACACCAGCUGCGCGCUGUCGCUGAACGAGAACUGGGACGAGGACGUGCGGGCCGACAUGAGCGACGCGCUGGACCGCAUCGCCCCCUACGACAAGAAGGGGAACCUGUAUCGCCAUUCCGCGGAGGGGGAGGAUGAUAUGCCGAGGGUAGUUGGGGAUGAUGUGGGCUGGAUGCUAGUACUGGUGAUGUUGUUGCAAGAAAAGUGGAAAGAGGCUAAUGUGAGGCUGGGGCAGGCGCAUAUCAAAUCCGCGUUGGUCGGGGCUUCGGUGACGAUUCCGAUCACGAACGGUCGGUUGGCGACGGGGACGUGGCAGGGGAUUUGGUAUUUGGAGUUCCGCACGAGUCGGCACUCGCGGAAGGUGGUGGCUACUAUCCAGGGUGAGAAGGCGUGA